UUAAUGCACUGGUAUUCUUACUGUUAUUUUUUUUACAUUCUUCAUUAAUAAAAUUUGGAUUUAUGGUUAUACAAUGUGUUUUUCAUUUUUGGGUGUUAUGAAGUGACAUUUUCCAUGCAGUAUAUAAAUGUCAGAAUUCUGGGUUUACUGACCUUAUGAUAGUCUUACUAAACUUUUUAUCUAUCUCCAAUGGGUUCAAGUGAACUCUAAGGUCAACUACUACCAUUCUUCAAAACACUGAACAUAACUGACACUGAGUACUCUGUUGACCAUAAUAUCAUACAACAAAUUAUAGCAAACACAUAUGGUUGUAUGUUUUGCAAGUAGAUAAUAUAUGUGACACAUGUGCCACCAUCUUGUGAAGCAAGAUAUACUGACUAUAGUAUUUUGCAUGUGUGACAGGAAGAAUGAUUUAGAGACAGGUGGUAAAAUAGGUGAAAGAAUAUGUUUGAGAUCUUAUUUUUGAGACUAGGCCAAUAUGCCAGAUGUGUAAGAAAGGGUGUCAGAUUUAAACCAUGUCAGACAGUGUUGUUUAAAUCUGUUCUGUCUGACAAUAGAGGCUAUUCAAGGUCAGCAUGUUUCCAUGCAAGGUUAUGUCUACCCAGGCUUCAUGAUUGUUAUGUAAGGAAUUACCAUAGUAAUUUUGGUGUGUAUGGAUUCUGUCCACGCAAGGGAAACACACAUAAAGUUUCUUCUGAUGCACUAGAAUCCAAGAUAAAACAAAGUAAUUUCUAUAGAUUUGUGACAGCUUACCGUCAACAUGGGCACAAAAAGGCAAACAUUAAUCCUAUUGCCAUUACAGAUGAGAGCAUUGUACCAGAGAUUGAACUUGGCUACUACGGACUCAAAGAAAAUGACAGGUUUACAUUCAGUGGGAUUCUGUAUGCACCAAUUGCAGAGGGUACAGUGGCUGAUGCAAUCAGUUUUCUACAGAAGACUUACAGUAACACCAUGAGUGCAGAAUUCAGUUACCUUGAGGAUGCAGAAGAGGUGGAAUGGUUUGCACAACAAAUGGAACAAUCAGCAGUGGAAGAGCUUGACCGUGACACAAGGAGAAACCUGGCUAAAGAAAUGCUAAAAUCACAGGCAUUUGACAAUUACCUAGCCACUAAGUUUGUAACAGUGAAGAGGUAUGGAGGAGAAGGUGCAGAGAGCAUGAUGGGAUUUUUCACGGAAUUUUUUAACACAUCAGCAAAUGCUGGCGUGGAACAGGUGAUAAUGUGUAUGCCUCAUCGUGGGCGCCUGAACCUCCUUACUGGAAUGCUUCUGUUUCCUCCGGCCCAACUCUUCAGAAAGUUGAAAGGGAUAUCAGAAUUCCCAGAAUAUGUUAAAGCUACUGGAGAUGUUCCAAGUCACUUCACAUCUUCUGUUGAUCUCACCAUUAAUGGGAAAACACUUCAUGUAACAAUGGUGCCAGGACCUUCUCACUUAGAGGCAGCAAAUCCAGUGUCCAUGGGUAAAACAAGAGCCCGACAACAGACACUAAAACAGGGAGGAUAUUGCCAAAUACAUUCUGCUGAGUGGAAUAACAAAGUUCUGAACUUGCAGGUUCAUGGUGAUGCAGCUUUUAGUGGUCAGGGAGUGAAUCAGGAAACGCUAGAACUAAGUAUGGUUCCACACUUUGAGGUCGGAGGUUCAGUCCAUCUGGCUGUCAACAAUCAGCUGGGCUUCACAACUCCGCCUGACAGGGGACGAUCAUCCAGAUAUUGCACUGACCUUGCUAAGAUUAUCUCAGCUCCAGUUCUACAUGUCAAUGGCGAUUUUCCAGAGAUGGUGGUGAAAGCAACUCGUAUAGCUUGUGAAUACCAAAGAAAAUUCCACAAAGAUAUAUUUGUUGACCUUAACUGUUACAGACGGUGGGGACACAAUGAGCUGGAUGACCCUACUUUUACAAACCCAGCUAUAUACAAUAUCAUACAAGCUCGGAGAACUGUUCCAGAUAUGUAUGCAGAUGUCCUAGUGAAGGAAGGUGUAAUGACUAAGGAAGAGGUCGAAAGAAUUGUUGCUGAACAUUCAGGAUGGCUGAAUGAUACAUUAAAAUCUAUGGAUACAUAUAUUCCCCAGGAAAGUUUUCUCAGGAAGCACUGGGCAGGAAUCCACCAGGCUGAUGCUGCUCUUACAGUGUGGGACACUGGGCUAGAGUCGGACAUACUCAGAUAUGUUGGGGAGAAAUCAGUCACUUACCCUCAAGAUUUUAAUAUCCAUCCUCAUUUGCUGAAAACUCAUGUCAGUCCACGUUUGAACAAAAUCUCUACUGGAACUAAAAUUGACUGGGCAACAGCAGAGGCUCUUGCUAUGGGAUCGCUUCUUUACCAAGGAUAUAAUGUGCGAAUCAGUGGUCAGGAUGUUGGAAGAGGAACAUUUUCUCAUCGUCAUGUUAUGUUAGUUGAUCAAAAAACAAACGAAAUGUACAUUCCCCUGAAUAAUUUGAUUGAUACACAGAAAGGCUAUUUGGAGGUUGCAAACAGUAUCUUAUCAGAAGAGGCUGUAUUAGCAUUUGAAUAUGGAAUGAGCAUUGAAAAUCCAAAUAACCUCAUCAUAUGGGAAGCUCAGUUUGGUGAUUUCUGUAAUGGGGCCCAGAUUCCCAUAGACACCUACAUUGCAAGUGGAGAAACAAAAUGGAUGAUAUGUAGUGGCUUGACAGUGUUGCUACCACAUGGGUAUGAUGGUGCAGGGCCAGAGCACAGUUCAUGUCGAUUGGAACGCUUUCUUCAACUGAGUGACUCAAAUGAAUCUAAGCCAGAUGGUGAUGAUGUCAACAUACAUAUUGCAAAUCCUACCACUCCAGCUCAAUAUUUCCAUCUGCUUCGAAAACAGAUCAUACAAAAUUAUAGGAAGCCUCUUAUUCUUGUGACUCCCAAAACUCUGUUGCGGUUACCAGAGGCUACUUCAAGCCUUGCAGACAUGGGACCGCACACCUCAUUUGUACCAGUUAUAGGAGACGUAGUAAAAGAAGAUUGUAAUGUUCAACGAGUGAUAUUUGUCAGUGGGAAACAUUACUACAAUCUUGAUAAGCAACGCAAGGCUUUAGAUGCAAAAGAUGUUGCACUUGUGAGGCUAGAAGGACUUUCACCAUUUCCAACACUCAACUUGCAACAAGAAGUAGCAAAAUAUAAAAAUGCUAAAAUAUUUAUCUGGAGUCAAGAGGAACAUCAAAACAUGGGAGCGUGGAGUUACAUACGACCACGAUUUGAGAAUCUAAUUGGACGAAGAUUAAAGUAUGCAGGUCGAGGACCACUUGCAACUCCUGCUGUUGGAAUUGGACAGCUGCAUCAGAAGGAAGCAGAAGAGGUCAUUACUAAACCAUUCAUGAUGCGAUGAAGAAGAUUAUGGACUAGAAUUGGGAAUCAUGCUUUCUUUGUUCAUUUAUACCAUUUUCAAUCUUGACAGAUUCUUAUGUUCAGUCACACAACAGAAAUUACUUUUAAUUUGUUGUAUCUACAACACUGUUGCAAGUUCAGACCAGUAUGACGUGGAAGUUAUAUUAAAAUCUGUACCUAAAAAAUGAA